CCCCUCCCGGUAGCUGCCCGGAGCCCCAUAUCUCUCGGAGCAGCCGCGCCCUAGACCUGCCCCCUGGGUGCUCAGGCGGAGGGUGCUGCAGUCCGCCCUCCCGCAGGGGGCAGUGUGAUUAGCGGCAGCCGCCUGUCCGUACCGCGUCCGUGGUUAGCACGAAGUAGCUGGGAGACGGAGGCGCCGCCAUGGAGCGGCCCGCCGCGGCCUGCAGCGUGCUCAGCGUGGCCGGCGAGGAGGUGCGGGCUGGGCGGCGGGAGCCGUGCGUGAUCAGCCUGAGCUGGCGGGGCGGCCGUUACGGGAUAGUUAUCCAGCGGCAGGGGAAGGGAAGCUCCGAUCCCGAUUACAUCCCCAUCAACAGCCGCUUUAAGUGCGUGCAAGAGGCAGAGGAGACUCUGCUGAUUGAUAUCGCCACCAACACAGGCUGCAAGGUCCGCAUCCAAGGGGACAAGACAGCGGAGCGGCUCUUUGAGAUCCCCGAUGAGGAGCGGUGCCUGAGGUUCCUCUCAGAAGUGCAGAGCAUCCAGGAAGCCCACGUGAAAGCUGCUCUUCCUGAAUCUAAGAACUCAGCCAACUGGCAUCAGGUGGAGAAAAACCUCCCAGCUCUGUCAGAGAUCUCUUCUUCAGGAGCUCUGGGGUUUGAUGAUGACUUCAACACUCUAAGCCUGGAAGAGAAGAGGAACAUGCAGAACCACCAGCCGGGGUCUCGCCGAGAACCCCCACGUCCUCCUCCCGUGCCUCAGAACAGGCAACUACACCGAGAGAGGGAAGGUGCCUCCAGAGACCAGCCCGAGGUGACCAACACCAUGCGCAAGAUGUUCUUGCCCAGCACGCAGCUGGGGCAGAGGGAAGGCCUGAUCAAACAUGUGCUUGCCAAGAGGGAGAAGGACUAUGUCAACCUUCACAACUUCAGGUUUUUUGUGGGGACAUGGAAUGUGAAUGGGCAGUCUCCAGACAGCAACUUGCAGUCCUGGCUGGAGUGUGACCCGGAGCCUCCAGACUUCUACUGCAUUGGGUUCCAAGAGCUGGACCUCAGCACAGAAGCUUUUUUCUACUUUGAUUCUUCAAAGGAGCAGGAAUGGCUGUUGGCUGUGGAGAAGUCCCUGCACCCUAAGGCCAAAUAUAAGAAAGUGCAGAUGGUCCGUCUGGUGGGGAUGAUGCUGCUCAUAUACGCUAAGAAGGAUCAUCUGAGCCACAUCCAGAAGAUCGUGACAGAGACCGUGGGCACAGGGAUCAUGGGGAAGAUGGGCAACAAGGGUGGUGUGGGAGUGAGGUUCGUGUUCCACAACACCACCUUCUGCAUCGUCAACUCCCACCUGGCUGCUCACGUGGAGGACUUCGAGCGGCGGAACCAGGACUACAAGGACAUCUGUGCUCGGAUGAGUUUUGAGAUCCUCGAUGAUGGUCUACCUCAGCUCAACAUCAUGAAACACGAUGUUGUCAUCUGGCUCGGAGACUUGAACUACAGGCUCUGUCUGCCCGAUGCCAGCGAGGUGAAAAGUCUCAUCAGCAGGAACGAGCUUCAGAAGCUGCUUAUGUAUGACCAGCUGAACAUUCAGCGCACCCAGAAGAAAGCCUUUGCAGAUUUCACCGAGGGGGAGAUUAAAUUCGUCCCUACCUACAAAUAUGACUCCAAAACAGAUCGCUGGGACUCCAGUGGGAAGUGCCGCGUGCCCGCCUGGUGUGACCGCAUCCUCUGGAGAGGAGGCAACAUCGCCCAGAUGCGCUACUGCAGCCACAUGGAACUCAAGACCAGCGACCACAAGCCUGUCAGCGCCCUCUUCCGCAUCGGGGUCAAGGUUGUGGAUGAGCAGAAGUGUCGGAAGACGUUCGAAGACAUCGUUCGUAUGAUGGACAGGAUGGAGAAUGACUUCCUGCCCUCGCUGGAGCUGAGCAGGAGAGAAUUUGAGUUUGAAAACGUGAAGUUCCGUCAGCUGCAGAAGCAGAAGUUCCAGAUCACCAAUGAUGGGCAGGUCACCUGUCACUUCUCCUUCAUCCCAAAGCUCAACGACACCCACUACUGCAAGCCGUGGCUUCGAGCAGAGCCCUGUGAAGGCUACUUGGAGCCAGAUGAGAGCACAGAGAUCUCCCUGGACGUGUAUGUCAGUAAGGACUCGGUCACCCUGCUCAACUCCGGCGAGGACAAGAUUGAGGACAUCCUUGUCCUUCACCUGGACCGAGGCAAGGACUAUUUCCUCACCAUCAGUGGGACUUACCUGCCCAGCUGCUUUGGCACCUCCCUGGAGGCCUUGUGCCGAAUGAAGCGACCCAUACGAGAGGUUCCGGUCACCAAGCUGAUUGACCUGGAAGAUCCAAGGAGGGCAGCUUCUUCUUGGUGGCCACCUCGCAUCUGCCCACAGCCUGGCUGCUCGAUGGGCAGAAACGGUGCUGCUGGAGGACCCCUCCGAGGAGUUUGUGGAGCUCCUGAGCAGGUUGUGCAUCAUGGAGAAGACAGCUUCUCAGAAAAGGAGAAAUCCGUUCUGCAGAUGGACUCCCUGGACAGCGAGGAGGCUGGGGAGGUGCCGCUGCAGGUGCCAAAGGAGAUCUGGCUCUUGGUGGACCACUUGUUCAAGCAUGCCUGCCACCAGGAGGACCUGUUCCAGACCCCAGGCAUGCAGGAAGAGUUGGAGAAGAUCAUUGACUGCCUGGACACCAGCAUCCCUGAGACAAUCCCAGGCAGCAACCACUCGGUGGCUGAAGCUCUCCUCAUCUUCCUGGAGGCCCUGCCGGAGCCAGUGAUCUGCUACGAGCUGUACCAGCGCUGCCUCGACUGGUCCCACAACAGCCGGCUCUGCCGACAGGUGAUCUUCCAGCUGCCGCGCUGCCACCGCAGCGUCUUUCGCUACCUGAUGUCCUUCCUCCGGGAGCUGCUCCGCUACUCGGAAGACAACAACGUCACCGCCCCCAUGAUCGCCGCCCUGUUCUCCAGCCUGCUCCUGCGCCCCCCACCCACCCUGCAGGCCAAGCAGACUCCGCAGGAGCGCCAGCGUGCCAUCAACUUCCUCUACAGCUUCCUGCUGGCCGGGGAGGAGGAGUGACAGCUGCCUAGUGCCAAAGCCGAGCUGGCAGCGCCGGAGGCUCCCAGCUCUCCCAGUGCCGUGUUUACAGAUGGAAGGGAGCGUCCUGCCCACCCUGCGCUCCGCAGGACCCGCGCUCACCGCACUGCCAUCCGCCACAGCAGCCUCCUGCUGCCUCCUGCCAGCGGGGUGCACCCCUUGGUACCCACCCGAGCACUGUGCCAGUGGCUUCCUCAUCCCACAGCUGUGUCACCAGGUCCCUGAGUCACAUUUUUCCCUCCUCCUCACCCCCAUCUCCCUGGAGCUGGGAUGGGUGGAGGCUGCUGAUGCUCCCAGAGAGCUGCAGCAUGAUCAGUGCCCAUCUGUGCCUCUGGCGUUCACUGACUGUACUGGUGAGAGUCCCAUGCUGGUGGUGGGUAUGUGCCACCCUCUGCCACCCAGCAGCUCAAGCCUACCCUCAUGCCCCAUCACUGUGCCAUGAAAGCUGGACUAUGGCUGUCUUAGGAGAGUUCUCUGGACAUGUGGCCCCUUCCUCUUGGCAGCCAGGUACCCUCUCGCCUUCCUCCUGGGCUCAGUCCCUGCACUCCCACCCUUCUGCUGCUGUCACCUGGACCUUGCUCUGCUGUUUCCCAGUCCCUGUGCCCCACUUCUGGGACACAAGACAGUGGGUGACAGGGAGGGGCUUGUGUCUCUGCUUCUGCAGGGCUGUUCCUGUGUGUGGUAUGGAGCAGGACACAGCAUCUCUCCCACUCAACCCUGCCUAAGGAGCCAUUGGGGGUAGAAUGGGAGCCGAGUGACCAUGGUGAUGAUGGAUGCUGUGCUUCCCCCUGGCCCUGGGCUCAGAGGAGCAGCAGGGGGUAAAGUGGGUUGUCGAGGGAAGGCCUGUAGUGCCAGGGUAGCACUCGGCUUGGGAGAGGACACCCCUGGGGACCAGCAGUGAUUGGUCCCACUGCAACACUAAGCAGGGUCCUGCCUGCUGGGGCUGUGUGGCUUCACCUCCAGAGACAAGGAAUUGUGGGGGGUGAGAGGGGUCUGCAGUCCCAGAGCUCCUCUACCCCAGGGUGCCUGUGGGCUCCAUGGCCCCCUGCACGAUGUUGGGGGGAAGGGGUCCCCCUGCCUUGUGGCUCUUCUGUUUUUUUCGUUAGAGUUUUUAAAGUGGAUAAUUUAUUGGAAAUGGUUCGUUACAAAUAAACCUCCUCUCUACCAGGG